UCAGGAGGCGGUCGGGCCCGGGAGCCGGUUUGACGGAAGGAGCGGCGGUGGCGGCGGCGGAGGAGGAGAAAGAGGAGGAUGGAGGCGGUGGUUUUCGUCUUCUCGCUCCUCGACUGCUGCGCGCUCAUCUUCCUCUCAGUCUACUUCAUAAUUACAUUGUCUGAUUUAGAAUGUGAUUACAUUAAUGCUAGAUCAUGUUGCUCGAAAUUAAACAAGUGGGUAAUUCCAGAAUUGAUUGGCCAUACUAUUGUUGCUGUAUUAAUGCUUAUUUCAUUGCACUGGUUCAUCUUCCUUCUCAACCUACCUGUUGCCACUUGGAAUAUAUAUCGUUUCAUUAUGGUGCCAAGUGGUAACAUGGGAGUGUUUGAUCCAACAGAAAUACACAAUCGAGGGCAACUGAAGUCACACAUGAAAGAAGCUAUGAUCAAGCUUGGUUUCCACUUGCUGUGUUUUUUUAUGUAUCUUUAUAGUAUGAUUUUAGCUUUGAUAAAUGACUGAAGUUGGAGAAGCCGUGGUUGAAGUCAACAGUGCACUGCUGAGGAGCCAGAGAUCAUCCUUAGAACCAUGACCAUAGCAGUAUAUAUUUUCAUCUUUGAACAAAAACUAUUUUUGCUGUAUUUUUACCAUAUAAAGUAUUUAAAAAACA